CAACAUUGGCUUCAGUGGUUUGGUUGACGCAGCAUACGAACAUUGUAAACGAGUAGGCUGGACAUUGCAAUGAAUAGAAGAGUUUACCGGGUGUGCGGGCCCAAAGUUGACUAAGAUAAUUAUUUAGUAACAUUUGUUGGUCUGUGGUAGGAUUACAGUAACCGUUCUAGUAUUGCAGUGAUUUCUUACGUGAUAUUAUCAGUGAGAUUAUUUAGUCAUCCGCGGAAGUUAACGUCUCUCAACAAGUUAGCUCAAGAAAUGGUCAGAAAAUAUCACUCGAUAAAUUGUAAAAGUAGCCAAUCGUAGCCUAUCGCUCAUGUUGCAACUGGCUCUAUGCAUAUAACCGUCCAGCGUACCUUCCAGGAUAAGAAGUCUUUUCCCCUCAUGAUUGCGAUUCAGCACUUUCAAAGUCGGAACGUUUUUCAGAAUGAAUAAAUGCAAAACUUCUGCCAGUUCUUCCAUUCAAGAGUCCGGUCUGGAAGCAGGUGGAGGGGAGCCGCCACCCAAUCUCAAGGUUCAGUCUAGAGAGGAUGGAACAGAGACUGUGGAGGAUGACUUGGGAGAUCUUGAAAUUAUGAAAUCCCCUAGUGACCCCAAGAAGUACAGGUACAUAGAACUGACUAAUGGACUGCGAGCACUUCUCAUAUCAGAUCUCAGCAGAACCAGUGAACCAGCAGAGGAGACUGACGAGGAUGAGGAAGAGAGUGUUGAAGAUGACGAUGGUGACUCUGGAGAGGGUCUGAGUUCUGAAGAGGGAGGUUGUUCUGUGGAUACUUCUGAAGAACAGAGACCAAAGUGUGGUGAUGCAAAGAGUGGCAGCUCUGAGAAACAGUCGGCAGCAGCCCUGUGUAUUGCCGUCGGCAGCUUCAGUGACCCUGAUGACCUGCCUGGCCUAGCGCAUUUCCUUGAACAUAUGGUGUUUAUGGGCAGUGAAAAGUACCCGGCUGAGAAUGGCUUUGACGCCUUCCUGAAGAAACACGGUGGAAGUGACAAUGCCUCGACUGACUGUGAGAGAACCAUCUUCCAGUUCGAUGUCCAGAGAAAGUACUUCAGAGAGGCUUUGGACAGGUGGGCACAGUUCUUCAUUUGUCCUCUGAUGAUUGAGGAUGCUGUUGAUAGGGAAGUAGAGGCUGUUGAUAGUGAGUACCAGCUAGCUCGGCCGUCAGAUAGUCAUAGGAAAGAAAUGCUGUUUGGAAGUCUGGCCAAGCCCAACCAUGUGAUGAGCAAAUUCUGCUGGGGAAAUGCUCAGACACUAAAACAUGAACCUAAGAAGAGUGGUAUUAACACCUACAAGCGUCUACGGGAAUUCUGGAAGAGAUAUUACUCCGCCCAUUACAUGACUCUCACUGUCCAGUCCAGAGAGAAGCUGGACACGCUUGAGGAAUGGGUCAGGGAGAUCUUCAGGCAAAUCCCAAACAAUGGAAAACCUCAGCCUGACUUCUCCCACCUUCAAGACCCUUUUCACACAUCAGUCUUCAACCAGGUCUACAGAGUGGUGCCUGUGAGGAAGGUCCACGCUCUCAGCAUCACCUGGGCGUUACCCCCCCAGGCCAUUCACUAUAGAGUAAAGCCCCUGCACUAUAUAUCUUGGCUGAUCGGCCACGAAGGCACUGGAGGCAUCCUCUCCCAAUUAAGGAAGAGGUGUUGGGCCUUGGCUCUGUUUGGAGGGAACAGUGAGACCGGCUUCGAUCAGAACACCACGUACUCCAUCUUCUCCAUAUCCAUUACCUUGACCAAUGAGGGCUUCCGGAAAGUCUAUGAGGUGAUUGACUUGGUCUUCCAGUAUCUGAAGAUGCUGCAGAUUCUUGGACCACAAGAAAGGAUUUAUUCUGAAAUUCAGAAGGUGGAGGCGAAUGAGUUUCAUUAUCAGGAGCAGUCGGAUCCAAUCGAAUUUGUGGAGAACAUUUGUGAGAACAUGCACCUCUUUCCAAAAGAGGACUUCCUGACUGGAGAUCAGCUGAUGUUUGAUUAUGACCCAGAGGUCAUCAACGCUGCAUUGGCCUUCAUGACCCCUGAGAAGGCCAACCUGAUCCUGCUGUCUCCAGAGCAUGAGAACCAGUGUCACAUGAAGGAGAAGUGGUUUGGGGCCCAGUACAGUGGGGAAGAUAUACCUCAGGAGUGGAGGGAUCGCUGGGCUAGUGACUUUGAACUCAACCCUGACCUCCAUCUUCCAGCUGAAAACAAGUUCAUUGCUACUGAUUUCACUCUGAAAGCAUCAGACUGCCCGGACACUGAAUUCCCUGUCAAAAUCCUCAACACGAAGAAAGGGUGUCUCUGGUUCAAGAAAGACAACAAGUUCAAGAUCCCUAAAGCAUACGUGCGCUUUAACCUGCUCUCCCCAAUCAUCCAGAAAAGCCCAGAAAAUCUGGUGCUGUUUGACAUCUUUGUGAACAUGCUGGCGCACAACCUUGCCGAACCGGCGUAUGAUGCGGAUGUUGCUCAGCUAGAAUACAAGCUGGUGGCAGGGGAGCAUGGCUUGGUCAUCCGUGUGAAGGGCUUCAACCACAAACUGCCUCUGCUGCUCCACCUGAUAGUGGACUACCUGGCUGACUUCAGCGCAGCGCCAGAUGUGUUUGGCAUGUUUGUGGAGCAGCUGAAGAAGGUCUACUUCAACAUCCUCAUCAAGCCUGAGAGACUUGGCAAAGAUGUGCGCCUCCUGAUUCUGGAGCACUAUCGCUGGUCUGUGGUCCAAAAGUACCAGGCCAUAAUGGACGGCCUGAGCGUGGAUGACCUCAUGAACUUUGUCAAAAGUCUGAAAUCGGAGUUAUAUGUGGAGGGCUUGGUACAGGGCAACUUUACCAGUGCAGAAUCCAAGGAGUUCUUGCAGUAUUUAGUCGACAAACUCCAGUUCCAGCCGCUCACAGUGGAGGCUCCUGUUCUGUUUAGGGUGGUGGAGCUGCCGCAGAAACACCACCUGUGUAAAGUCCGCUCCCUCAACAAGGGAGAUGCCAACUCUGAGGUCACGGUGUACUACCAGUCAGGCAGGAAGAACUUAUGGGAACACACCCUGAUGGAGUUACUUGUGACACACAUGGAGGAACCUUGCUUUGAUUUCUUGAGAACUAAGGAGACACUGGGAUAUAUGGUGUACCCUACCUGCCGAAACACCUCAGGUGUCCUAGGGUUCUCUAUUACAGUCGAGACUCAAGCAACAAAGUUUUCAACUGAUUUUGUGGAGUCCAAAGUGGAGGAGUUCCUUGUGAGUUUUGGUGAGAAUCUGCUGAACAUGAGCGAUGAGGCUUAUGAGAUGCAAGUGACAGCCCUGAUCAAGCUGAAGGAGUGUGAGGACACUCAUCUGGGUGAGGAGGUGGAUAGAAACUGGUUUGAAGUCGUUACUCAGCAAUAUAUCUUUGAUCGACUCAGCAAGGAGAUUGAAGCCCUGAAGCGCAUUACCAAAGCAGACAUCAUCUCCUGGCUCAUGGAACACAGGCACAGUGAGAGCAAGCGGCUGAGCGUACACGUUGUUGGUUUUGGAGAGGCAGAGGGUGACUUUUCUGAUGAUGAGGAUUCUAGUUGUGACCUGAAUGCACAUCUGAUUGGAGAGAGAGCCUCCACCACCUCUGCCUACGGAGAGGUGUCCAAACUGACCUUCAUACCGCCCUCUUCUCUGCUGCCAGACGCCACCAUGGUCGAUGACAUCCGCAAAUUCACGGCAUCUCUUACCCUCUACCCAUAUCACAAGAUUCUCAAAUGAGAGCGAUCGUUUUUCCCUCACCAGUUGUUGGAUAUUGACUGUUACCCCCAUGUCUAACUCUGCUGAAGAGAGGAUCCAGCCACUGGAACUACUUUUAACACAUGCUCAAGAUAAUAAAAUAGCAAUUGAUGAUGAUGAUGGCGAAAGUAUCUGGAAUUGGACAGACUUUAAUCACAGUGGAGGGCAAGAAUAACUGACAAGCUGCAGCAGUAUUUUCUGAAAAUGAAAACAUCUAAGCUGUGAAUUAUUGCAAAGUAAUCAUACCAGUAUUAGCCUGGUAGAGUCUAACAGCUGGGCUAUAUACUGUAAGUGGUCUUAAAUCACUGAUAUGUCUUUCCAUAUGACUCCUUAAAUAGCAUUCAACCUUUUAUUUUUGCUAACCUGUGUAUUAUGUUGUUGUACCGGAACUUCAGGGCAUUAUGAAGUACUGUAUAUUUUAUGUAGAUAACAACGCAAAAAUAUGUAUUGCAUAAAAGGGUGGGAUUUGGGGAAAACCCAAAUCAUAACUAUAUGAUCCACUGCUGUGGUCAUUUUGUAGAUUGUAAAUCUAAAGUAUAGGCUAUGGGCGACUUUGUGGUUAACCCUGGCUCACUUUAUAUCUAAGGGACUUUCUAAUCCUGACCUCUCUCAAGGCAUCUACCUGUUUUAGUCAAUUUACUGUAAGAAUGUAAUAUUUAGAUUAUGUAUUAAAGUUUGCAGAACUACA